GUAGCCGCUGCUGCGGAAGAAGAAGGCGUUUGAGGGUGACGCCUUUCUGCGUGUUUACCGGGUUUCUCUCUGUUAAAUGUCGGUGAUUAGAUUGUAGAAAAUGGAUUUUGGGGAUUUAUUCGACGAGCGGAUGUUUCCUUUCUCCGACUUUCAGGAGUUUACGUUUGUCCCUGGACAUCAGAGACUUUCUGAGCGUGUGAGGAAGCGUCUGUACUACGGUCUGGAUCAGGAUGCGUCUCUAGAUGCACUUUCCUGUCCUGUUACUGAUAUCGCCGUCGAACUUCUCCAGAAAUCAGCCCCAAGCCCCAUACGGAAACUCCGCAAAAAGUACGCAGCACAUGUAGCCAGAGAAGCAUGCAUCUCCCCCUGCGCUAUGAUGCUGGCCCUGGUUUACAUUGAAAGACUCCGACACAGAAACCCUGAGUACCUGCAGCAGAUCUCGUCCUCUGACCUCUUCCUGAUAUCCAUGAUGGUUGCCAGUAAAUAUCUCUACGAUGAAGGUGAAGAGGAGGAAGUGUUCAAUGACGAAUGGGGCGCUGCCGGGAAGCUGGAUGUCCAGACGGUCAACAUGCUGGAGCUGAAUUUCCUCAGUGCCAUCGACUGGCGCCUGUUUGCUGAGCCCAGUGAGUUCUUUAAUGUGCUCAGCCAACUCGAAACCUGCAUCGCAGAGCGGCAGGGUAUGAAGCGUGGCUGGUACACGUACACUGACCUGUGUGUGCUGCUGGAGCAGGCCAACUGGAGGAACGCGCUCACCGCUAUCUACCAACACUUCACCAAGGUCACGUGUAUGCUCGGUCUCCUCUACCUGACGAGCGUCACCAGUCUCCUCGCCGCCUCUGCAAUUCUUAACCAGCUCAACCUCCCGAACGCCGAGCCCGUAAAUCCCACCCUCUUCCAUCCUCACACCUCGGCCUCGUCCCUCCAUCCUCGCUGCUGCGUCCUCGCCAACGCCACCCAAAAACCCCAACACGUUCCAGAUCUCCACCAGCGCCAUCCCGGACACAUCCACGGCCCGAGUUCUGUUCCUCCCUUCUAUCCGAACUCCGCCCUCUCUCUGUGGAGUUCCCUCCUCUCCGCUCUCGUUCAGUCCGACGUCCAGCCCUCAGAACCUCACGUGUGCACAGCUCAGAACGUCUCCUCAUUCUCCUGGUUCUCCUCUCCCGAUCUCCUCGCUCAGACACCUUUCCUCCCACAUGCACAGCCAAGUCCGCUAGCCGCUUUUCAGAGACACAGCUGUUGCCCAGAAGCUGCAAUGCCUUAUGGGAAGGCGCAGGUUCUCCUCAUACCCACUUAGAGAAUGUGAGCUUGUGUUUUUAAUAAUGGUGUUUUUUUUUGUUUUUGCUUUUUUUUCUCCCUCUAAGCGGGAUUUUUGUAUAUUUAACACCUUCUAUAAACAUAAAAGCACUUUGAUUCAGUGGUAAAAGAAUACGAGGGAGAAGUUUGAGCAGAGGGGGUGUGUGUAAAAGAGAUAAAAAAAAAACAUUUUAAAACUUGAUUACGAUUAAUACGUCAAAUGAAUCGUAACAUACAUCACAUAUAUAUUAAUAAUUGCUGCAAAUAAUUUCAGAAGUGGUUCAGAAAGCACCCGGGUUGCCCCCCAUAUUUUUUUGUGUGUAUUUUUAAAUCACUUAAAACAUAAGCAGCUUCUGUGUUUUGCUCACAAUUGAAAGCACUGAUAUAAAGGUUAGAAUUAUACAGAUAGUUUUUGCACAGGUACAGAGUUACAUUUUUUGUUUGGUUUGUUUAAAUAAAAAAAAUGAUCUUGAAAAAUAUAAUAAUUGGCAACCGAGUCCAUCAUCAAGGAUCUUAUGCAUAGUUCCUUCAAAAUUUGUCCUAAGACUUCCUCCAAAUGUUCUUCCUCAUGUAGGUUUUCAUGCUUUGUGGCUUUUUUUUUUUCUUUUUAGAUUAAGAAAAAUCUAAUAAUAGAUGAAACUGUGAGUAAGGUUUGUUUACUGCUUUUGAGGAAAGGAUGGAAACAGCAUCAUCAACACCCCCUUCCUGUGAGUUUAGUGACAAUCUAAAGGUGCAUCGAAGCCCUCAAAAAGGUCAAGAAUUCAAACAAGUAUUCUAUCGAAAGAGAGGUUUGUUGUUGUUUGCUUUUAGGGAAAGAGUUGAUGAACAGAGUGAGAAAGAGACCAUUAGGUGAAUCCGUGGGUGGAGCCUAAACUUUAACGUGAGCUGAUUGGCUGGUGAGAAAUCCUCAUGCACUUUUCUAGCCUGGAAAUAGCGUCUUCAGAGGAGUUAAAUCCUGCCCGACAUGCCAAACAAAAAGGACGUCCAGGACUAGGAUGUUACAUGUAAUAACAGCGCUGCCACAUUCUUGAUUUUGAUUGGUUAGAACAGCGGCGUGAUUGUUUCUAUGGUAAUUGUGGAUAAUUGCAAUAAGGAGAUCAAUGUGCUGUUCUUGUAACAAAGAAGAGAAAUAAGUGUGAAGUUUUCUGUACGGAAAGAGUCUCCACUGCUUAUGAAGUUUUAAGCUAGGCUCUUUAUAGCAGCUGUGAUGUACGGAACAGAAUUGUAACGUAAAGUAACUAGAAAUGGAUUCAAAUCACUUCACUGUGCUAAAGCUGAUGUAUUCUAAACACACCAUCGGUCAGCCAAAGGACUUCAAAUCCCAUCUGUCAGGACGUUUUAUUAGAAUGGAGUUGAUGGUUUUUCUACUAAAACACAUAUGCAGAAUUAAGCUGUAGCGUUCCAGACCAAGCAGCAAAAGUAGCUACAUAUCGAGAGCGCUAACAUGCUAGCUGUUACAUUCAAACUGAGCAAGUUCUCUUCUGGAAAAAUCUAUUUUUAUUAAAUAAUAAUAAUAAUAACAAAAAAGCCCACUUUUUCUUCCUUUUUGUUUGCUUUGAUUUUGAAGUAUUACUCCAGACGCAUGCCGGUUCAUCUUGUUUCUGAUUCAGCUUGAAGAGAUGAAUAAAGGAUAUGACUGGAUAAGAGUUUAAAGUUUUCCUUUUUUUGUUUUUAAUCAACACACCAUGUGAAAUAAAUGAAACUGAUUAGAAAUGGAUUUGCUUUGCUUUAUUUUAGGUUCAUAAUUCUAAUGAGCUGAAACGUAGUCCCGCCCACUCGCAGGAACGAGCUGUUUAGCUCCACCCCCUUUCCCUUAUAAGGUUAUAAACUGCUCCUUUUCAUUCUCAUAGCUAGAAAGAAGUUUGACAAAAGACAUGGCACGAAAUGUUUAUGUAUAUUGAUUUCUAAUAUAAUCAUCUAGUGGAUGUUGGGAAAUCUGAAAACAUUAUUUUUUUAAGGUAAAGUUCUUAGGUGAAGGGUUGAGUUAUUGUACUGGAAAGUUAGUUAACCUUGUUUAAAGCUGCAGUAUGUAUCUUUUUUAUUGAAAAAAAAAAACACCAAAACGUUAAAAGUGCAAUAAAUUUAAAUAAAUACUUUAAAACCUA